GAACGAUCGAUCAAUUAUCUUGUCAGAUUUGUCAACAGAACAAUUCCAUCCAAAGCCGAGGUCAUAUUCAACACCACUCCACACUGUAGCGCAGUACCCUAUCAAAUCUCACCAAGUCCGCUGACAAAACCACCGUCUCGUCUUACCACUUACACUCUCAAUGCUUCACACCAUCGAACACGGGCGCGACGCCCAUCACCAACACAAAAUGCGCAAUUCAACAGAAAUUCUUGAACUAGCUAGAAGCGACGGCAAGCGCCACAUCCUACUAGCAGCCUCAGGCUCCGUCGCGACAAUAAAACUCGUACAGAUAAUAAACGGUCUCAAACAGCAAGAGAACAUCUCCAUCCGUCUCAUCCUGACUCAAUCAGCGUCAGAGUUUCUCGCCGGCCAAAGUCUUGAGCAACCCACCGUGGACCAGGUAUCUCGUCUACCGCACGUAGACGCCAUCUACACAGAUGCCCACGAGUGGGCGCAGCCGUGGAAGCGCAAUGCGCCCAUCCUGCAUAUUGAACUGCGGCGCUGGGCGGAUGUGUUGAUCAUUGCGCCUUUGAGCGCGAAUACAAUGGCAAAGAUUGUGAAUGGACUGUGCGAUAAUCUCUUGACGUCUGUUGUCAGGGCCGUGGGAUUCUACGGGUAGUGUGGAUGGAGUGAAGAAGAAGAUUCUCGUGGCUCCGUCCAUGAACACGGUUAUGUUUUCGCAUCCUAUUACAGCGACGCAUAUUAAGGUGUUGGAGAAGGACUGGGGUGGGAAGAAUGGUUGGUUUGAGGUUUUGCAGCCGCCUUUCCAAGAGUUUGGCUUGUGGUGAUGUUGGGAAUGGGGCCAUGGUGUCGUGGGAGAGGAUCGUGGAGGAGAUUGAGAACAAGAUCAACGCUUAAGGACAAGGGAGUGAUGAUGAAAAAUGAGAGGCGAUGGUAUAUUCAUAUUUUUUGUUAUGGAGUUGAAGGAUGGCAAACAGAACGAAGGACAGUCUCAUACUCGGUAUUGAGGUAAAUUGCUGCUCGACGAGACACCACAUGGGUAGCGACAAUACCAAAAUGCAUUAUAAGAGCCGUCAAUUAAUCGAAUUGAUCAA